AUGCAGUUUCCAAUAUUCUACAUAAAAUGUGAUUCGCCCCAGUCCGGAUUCAAGUUCGAAUUAGACCCCAACCGGCCAGGACGACGAAGGCCUAGGGACAGCGACUUCCCGGCUCAGCGGGGUCCUGCGGCCGCACAGCGCGCUCACCAAUCCUCCCCCGGCUCCUGCUCGGCCCUCCUUCGCCCCGCAGCAGCGGCUCUAGCUCGGGGCGACGCCCCUUGCCCGCGCGCUGCGCCUGGCCGCACGGCCCCCAGAGGCGGGCACGGGGUGGCGCGGGGCGGGGCGAACGGACGCCAUCGCGUCGCUACCGGCCGGCGGCGGGCUGCGCCGGUGGAGCGGCCGGACGGCGAGGGGCCACCGGAGCUCGGCGCGGCCGCGGGUCCGCAGGACGAGCUGAGCCUGGAGCAGAUCCUGCGGCUCUACAACCAGCCCAUCAAUGAGGAGCAGGCGUGGGCCGUGUGCUUUCAUUCCUGCGGCUACCUGCGCGCCGCCGCCCGCCGCCAACCCCGCCGCCGCGUGCGCUCGGCCGCGCAGAUCCGCGUGUGGAGGGACGGCGCCGUCACCCUGGCGCCCGACGAGGGAGAGCCGCCCCCCGCCACGGGUAAAUUGGGAUAUUCACAUUGUACAGAAGCAGAGGUUAUUGAAUCUUUGGGAAUUAUUAUUUAUAAAGCAUUGGACUAUGGUUUGAAAGAGAAUGAAGAAAGGGAGCUGAGCCCUCCCCUAGAGCAGCUCAUUGAUCAAAUGGCCAAUACAGUUGAGGCUGAUGGGAACAAUGAUGAGGGAUAUGAGGCUGCAGACCCAGAAGACGAAGAUGAGGACAAGAGGAGCAUCUCAGCUAUUCGGUCCUAUCAAGAUGUCAUGAAGAUAUGUGCUGCUCAUCUCCCAGCUGAGUCAGAGGCACCAAAUCAUUAUCAGGCAGUAUGCCGUGCACUGUUUGCAGAAACCAUGGAGCUGCACACAUUUCUGACCAAAAUUAAGAGUGCAAAGGAG